AUGAUUCCACCUGCCAUACACGAUACCACCUGCCCCACAGUGUACACACCUGCCCCACAGUGUACACACCUGCCCCACAGUGUACACACCUGCCUCACAGUGCGACAGCCCGGCCUCCAUGCCCCCCGUGGACCCCGCACCACCGCCGGAGGGGGCGGCCGGCCGAGACCUGCGGCGAUCGGCAUCGACUUCGGGACGAGCAAAUGCUGCGUGGCUGCGGUGCGCGACGGUCGGGUGGACGUCCUGGAGAACGAGUUGGAGCAAAGGACGACGCCUUCCUUUGUUGCCUUCAACUCCCAGCAGCGACUAGUGGGCAGCGAUGCCCUGGACCAGCCCGUUGUGAACUGCGCCAACACCGUGUACGCCGUCAAGAGCUUCCUGGAGAGGACCUAUGACGAAGUGAAGGACUGCUAUUUUCCUUGUCAUAUUCAACCAAUUCUCAAAGGCCAUAGAAUCGAGUACGUCGCCCAUUACAAAAAUCGUGAUCAGAGGCUGAGACCCGAGCAAGUGGCCGCCAUGCUGCUCGGCAAGAUGAAGGACAUCGCGGAAUCCUCUCUGGGUUGUCCCGUGGACCGCGCGGUCAUCUCGGUACCGGCUUCGUUCGGCAACGCGCAGCGACUCGCGGUAAAAUACGCCGCGCAAGUCGCAGGACUUGAAAUUCUUGAGCUGAUCAACGAAACAACCGCGGCUCAGUAUUUUGGCUAG